AUGAACAAGCUGCUGUUGAUAGCCCUUUUUGGAUUGGUGCUCGCUAUAGGCUUAGCGCUUUCGUUUGAUGAUGAUGAAAACAAUGACGCUAGAGGCGAUUUAGAGAGGUAAAAUCAAAUUUUUUCUUGGUUUUCUGUUUUGCCUUUAAUAAUACGAGUUUCUUUUUUUUUAUGAACUGAACAAAUUUGGAAUACGGAUUCGACAAAACUGAUAUUUGCUUAUCUAUUUGACCAAAGUGAGUUCUACUGGAAUGAUGAGGAAGAGGACGGUGACGAUGAUGAGUCAAAAGAGGAGAGGGAAAAGAUAAACGGUUACAGUGUUGAAGAAAAACAUGAUGAACCCUUAUCCGGUCCAAUGCAGAAGUCAGCCGAUCCGAUUCUACCUUUCAUAGGUUUGCGCCUACUGAGCCGAGCGUUUCGCCGUCGCCGUCGCCGCCGAAGACGGAGAUUUGGCUAAUUCGUUGAAACUAGUCACAAGGACUGAGAUAAGGUGGCUUAAAACGGUAAGAGAACCAAGUAUAAGUGUUCGAUGAAAAUAGUCUAGGACAGGAUCUGGGUGAGAUUAAAGCUUUGCUAAGUUUCUAACUAUGCUAUAAUAAUCGUCCAAAACUUGAUUGUGUCGUGUUUUAUAGGCGUUCGCUUGGGUAAUUCGUGUAUUGCUACAACCACUGAGCUGGGAAUUUAAAGAAAAAUCAAAUUUUUUUUCAUGCUCGAACUUUAAGCGAUUGACAGUUACACUAAUGUAUAUGUAUAUAGGAAGUCUGUGUAUUCAUUUUUCUGUUUAUAGUGCUUGAUACGUAGAAGUAGAGUGUGAUAUAUGUUGCGAUAGGAGAAAAAAACAGAGAGACUAUACUUUCAUCCUAACACGGCUGUUUCGUGAUUGCUUAUUCACGAAAUAAAAUAUAAAAGAAUAAAAUCCCCUGAUGAGUGAGCAAUCAAAAAACAGGCUUAUAGGGAUGAAAGUACUGUGUCUCUGUUUUUCCCCUAUCGCAACAUAUAUAUACAUAGAUAUAUAUACAUAUAUUUUUGUUGUUGUUGUUGUUGUUGUUGUUUUUUUGUUUUUUUGCUUUAAACUGGCUCUUCACUAAAAUGUUCAGAGUCGUUUGUUUUUCGAAAAACCUAACUUUUUGAAACUUUUGCAUGAAGCAUGGGAUCUUUAUCUUGCAGGCUUGAAAAGGAUCUUGUAAUCUGGAGGAAACAAAGACCUUUUUUCUAUUACUGAGUUUCUUUGCGUUUAUAUGAACGAUGAGUAAAGUUUGAAAUAACUAAGUUAAAAACGUUUAAUUCACAUUUAAAUGACA